CUGUUUCGAACGUGUUUGCCGGGAUGCUGACGCUCGCUGCGGCAGCCAUCGAAUAAGCGAAGUUAUCGGGUCUCGUCCUGCGUCCUGCACACAAUCGGGUUCGUUGUCGCGAAUAAAUAAAUCUCGUACCGCCAAAAAGAACCACUUAUCGAAAUCAAUAAUUGCUAAUUAGAGUAUUCCAGUCUCGAUUGGAAGGGGAAGAAAAGUUGGGAGCUGCAUAGGAGUUUGCGUGUUUAUUUCUCGAAAAGGCAGAAAAAAUCAUGUUGCACACACAAACGCUUCACUCCGACUCCUUUUAGGCGCUUUAAUUGCCCUGCUCUCGUUUUGGGGCAUACAUUAAAACCAGCCACUAAGCAUUUGCAAGUGCCCCAGUGUCUUCUGAGUGUGUGUGUGUCUGCGUGUGUAUUUGCGUGUGUCUCGGUGUGUGUGUUUGUUUGUGUUUUGAUGGUCACGUGGUCAGUUCAAAGUUGGCUUGCCUUUGCUUGGCCCACUGCCUUCUUGUGCGUGACAAAAGUCCAGCAACAGUAGCAACAAUAAUAGCCACAGCAGCAACAGCAGCAACAGAAGCAACAGAAGCAGCACAAAUAGUUACAACAACUGCAAUAAAGGAUUAUCCUGCGUGGGACAAAUUUAAAUUGUUUGCCAGCUGCUGCCACCGGGAAAACGGAGACCGGGGAAAAUCGAAAUGUGCUUCCAUUAGGAGGACGAGAAACUGAAACUGGAGAAGUCGGAGAGAAGAAAGAAAAACUGCAGCGCCAAAUCUGCAAACCAAAUCCAACUUAAGUCACAUCAAAUUAAAAUCAACAAUCCGGCGAAGGGUGAACGGAGAAACGGAGCCAAAGAAAAAUUAUAAGAAAAAAAAUAUAUAUAUUUAUAUAUAUAGAGAGAGACAGAACGGGGCGAAAACGAACGGGGAAUAUGAAGUGCAAUAAAAGUCAAAUGGCCACGUUAACAAUGUGGAAAAUUUUUAUGGUCCUGCUCCUGGCGAUGGCUCUGCUAAUGCCGCUCACAUUAGCGCGCCUGCAUUCCACUUCCGGCGUAGGAAUGUCCGGCGGAGUCAGUAGCAUGGGUCCUGGCGGAGGAGGAGGAGGAUCCGGCGGAGGCCCAUCCUCGAAAGAUUCACACGUGAAAACGAAGGACAUUGAUGCCGUCGAGGGGAAAUCAGUGUCACUGCCCUGCCCCAUCACGGAGCCACUGGAUAAUGUGUAUAUGGUGCUCUGGUUCCGCGAUAAUGCCGGCAUACCGCUCUAUAGCUUCGAUGUGCGCGAUAAGGAGAGCCGGGACCAGCCCCGACAUUGGUCAGCACCGGAGGUUUUUGGCUCACGUGCCAAAUUCCAUUUUGACUCGCAGCCAGCAACCUUGGAAAUUAAGGAUAUCAAGCGACAUGAUCAGGGUAUUUACCGCUGUCGUGUGGAUUUUCGCACCAGUCAAACGCAAAGUUUCCGUUUCAAUUUGUCAGUAAUAAUACUUCCGGAGCAGCCACUCAUCCUGGACCGAUGGGGUCGUCAGCUGAAUGGCACUCAAUUGGGGCCCAAGCAGGAGGGCGACGAUAUCGUUAUCACUUGUCGUGUGGUGGGCGGUCGGCCGCAACCGCAGGUCCGCUGGCUCGUAAAUGGACUGCUUGUCGACAAUCAAAACGAGCACAAUUCCGGCGAUGUUAUCGAGAACCGUCUGUUGUGGCCAUCGGUGCAGCGCAACGAUUUGAAUUCCGUAUUCACAUGUCAGGCACUGAAUACGCAAUUAGAUAAGCCCAAGGAGAAGAGCUUCAUACUGGAUAUGCACUUGAAGCCGCUGGUGGUGAAAAUCCUGGAGCCGCCCAGCUCGAUGAUUGCCGAUCGUCGCUACGAGGUGUCCUGUGAAUCCUCUGGCUCUCGGCCGAAUGCCAUCAUCACCUGGUACAAGGGAAAACGGCAAUUACGACGCACAAAGGACGACAUAUCAAAGAACUCGACACGCUCCGAACUGAGCUUUGUGCCGACCACAGACGACGAUGGCAAAUCGAUAACAUGCCGUGCGGAAAAUCCAAAUGUGAAUGGCCUGUAUUUGGAGACCAUGUGGAAAUUGAAUGUCGUUUAUCCACCUUUGGUUACGUUACGCUUGGGCUCAACUUUGACACCGGAUGAUAUCAAGGAAGGCGACGAUGUUUACUUCGAGUGUCACGUACAAUCGAAUCCCCAGUGGCGGAAACUGUUGUGGUUGCAUAAUGGCAUUCAUCUAGAGCACAAUACAUCCGCGAGGGUCAUCCGUUCCAACCAGAGCCUGGUGCUGCAGAAGAUUACGAAGCACUACGCCGGGAAUUAUGCGUGCAGUGCCAUCAACGACGAGGGCGAGACGGUCAGCAAUCAGCUGCCACUGCGGGUGAAAUACACACCCGUUUGCAAGCACUCCGACCGCGUGAUAUUAAUUGGCGCCUCCAAGGACGAAACUGUUGAGGUUGUGUGCGAGAUUCAAGCCGAUCCGCCGCCACGGACUUUUCGCUGGAAAUUCAACAACUCGGGCGAAACCCUGGACGUGGGCAGCGAACGAUUCAGCGUGAACGGCAGCCGCAGCAUUUUAAAGUACACACCCGUCACAGAUCAGGAUUAUGGCACACUGUCGUGCUGGGCCUCCAACGAAGUGGGCACCCAGCAGCACCCCUGCCUCUUCCAAGUCGUCCUGGCAGCCCUACCGAAUGCCGUCAGCAAUUGUACCGUCUUCAACCGCACCGAGCUGAGUGUUGACAUUCAGUGCAUACCCGGCUAUGACGGCGGCCUGCCGCAAAUAUUUGUGCUGGAAAUGUUUUCAACACGCACCGGCAUCACCAGAUUCAAUUUGAGCAACGCCGAGGAGGCGCUCUUCUCGCUGGAGAACCUGGACACACUGACCUCGAUGAUGGUCCAGGAGAACAAUUCGCUGCGGCUGAGGAUCUACUCGUACAACCAGAAGGGCCGCAGUGCCGCUUAUCUGCUGCCCGAUUUCAUAAUUGGCUCAACAGCUUACAAGACAGACGACGAUGUAACAUUGACAUUGUCGCCGGUGAUUGUCGGCAGUGUCCUGACCAUCAUAAUUAUUGGUGUGGCCAUCGCGAUACGAAUAUUCGUGGUGACAUUUGUGCACAAUUUGCGACGCAAUCGUCAACACGGCAGCAAGGCCACCGCCGCCGGAGUGACCGCCCAGCCCAGCGAUGUCUUCAAGGGCGGAAACAUGGAGAAGCCGCGCUGGCAGCACACGGACAUAAAAACGAAAUCAUCAGAGGAUUUGGUUGAGGACGAACGUGAUCCGGACGUUAUACCAUCGCAAUAUGCAGUCGGUGGCAGCAGUGCCGGCAGCAGUGGCAGCAAUGCCUCCAACGUGGGCAGCACCACCGCGGGCACGGCCACGGGCAGCAGCACCUCCACAGCGGUGGUGUCCUCGGUGGCAAAUCCAGCCGCAUCCGCAGCAGCAGCAGCAGCAGGAGGAGUGGGAGCGGGAGCAGGAGCGGCAUCAUCGACAUCUGCCGCAGAUGCCCAUCAGUUUGCAACGGCCACAGCGGCGGCAGGAGGCGGCGUUUCCAAGUGGUCACCCAAUGGCAAUGUGACGACGACGAUGCUGUCCGGCGAUGCGGUGAAUGCGACUGUCACCUACAAUCAAAUCACUGCGCAGCGGGCGCAGCUCCUUGCCGCGGUGGCUGCGGUGGGCGGUGGGUGCAGCAGCACUGUAAUCUCGCCCAGUAGCAGCAUCCUGGGCAGCCUUGGCAAGCCGCUGGGCAUGGGCAUGGGCAUGGGUCUGGGCGGCAUGGGUGGGAUGGGCGGCAUGGGCGGCAUGGGAGUGGGUGGCAUGGGAUCGCCCACCUCCCUCUCCUCGACGGCCACGCUGGCCGCCCACCUGCAGCCGGUGCACAGCAGUGGGGUGGGCACUUUGCCACCGGGACUCGGCAGUGGUGGUGGCUACAUACUGAACGCCUACGCCAGCGGACGGCUGCACCACCCACCGGUUGGUGUGGAGCCCACGGGCGGGGCCGCCACCCUGAACAGGCACCACCACCAGCAGCAGCAGCAGCACCACCACCACCACCACGCGCACCACCAGCAGCCCCACCACUCGGGCUCCAGUUUGCUGAUGGGCAGUGCUGGCAGCGUCAUGGGUGUUGUGGGAUCCACCGCGACAGCCACUACGUCCUGUAACUCCUCGCAGGACCUCGAUGAUAACAUAAACAUCAAUGCGAUUAAGGACUGCCUGAUGACGCAGCGAGUGCCCGAGAGCUGUGUCUAAAUUAGGUUCUGCAAGUGGCGGAUAUAUGUAUUUAAUGUGUAGGAAUAUAAAUCUAUGUCAGACAGGAUUGUGGCAGUUUUCACAUUUGUUUUAACUCAUAAAGAGUCUAUUUUCUGAUUUAAUUAAUUUAAAACAUAUUAAACAUAAUUAUUCUUGGUUAUUAACGUUUUUAUUGAUGGGGACUACUAUAUUGAGACAGUGUAGAAAUGCGUUAUGUUUAUAAUUCAAAUUAAAUUAAUUAAAAUUAUUACUCUUUUUUUGUUAAAUAUAUGAAAACUGAAACAAGCCUGAUCUUUUCUCGUUAAGGUGCUGUGCAUAUAUAAACUAAAACAUAAGCGGGAUGUGAAGUAGUAAAAGCCGAACAUAAACUGACAGGAAAGCGUCAUAUCUUCUGGUUCAAUAGCAUAUCCCUUGUUAUAUCAAAACUGAAAUAGGAGAAAGAAGAGAUCAUUAUCAAGAGCAUCUUUGGAGAUUUGUUCGAUUCAUUGUUGACUUCGAAACUGCCUUUAAAUUCCUUUUCCCAAUGAAAAAAAUAUAGAAACUUAUAAUAUAUUUGAAAAAUUGGCUUUGUUUCGAAUGUAUAGGGUUAAUUGGAUGGAAAAACAUUCACAACACAGUUAAACACACACUCUAUUUUAAGGAAACUUCAAAAAGACUCAAAAAAUGUAGUAGCUAAAUAUUUUGUAGUAAAAAUAUUUCAGAAGCGAGACAUAAAUAUCAUAGGAUAACUUGUAUAUAAAAUACAUUUGUGGCAUAGAAUAUAGGCAAUUUGUAUAAAGAGAAUAAUAAUCAGACCCAAAGAUCCUUCGUUAUUGUACAUACAAAAAUUUAUGAUUGUAAAUGUAUCAAAGUUUAUGUUUGAGAUGCCGUCUUAAUCGGCUAAUGGUCCUGCUUAGAGCUAAAGGAAAUACUGAAGUUAAAUGUUUAGAUGGGAAAGCGUUAGACUUAGGCUACAAUAGGUCAUAGAAAAUGAAAGAGUUUAAAAUGUGCUAGGCUAACAGAAUUAAGCAAAAAUAUCAAUAAAUACACAUAGCUAAGUGGACGAAUAAUGUAAAAAAAAACACAAAAUGAAGUAUCGGAAUGUAAACAAAGGGCGAAAAGUAAAUAUAGAUCAACUACAAAAAACCAAAAGAGUUAAUUAAUUAUUUGCGAGUUCCUUUGCGGUUCAAACUUAUUUGUUUGAAAUCUAAUUUGGAAGUUGAAACCAACUUUGUUGGUUUUUCGUUUUAAUUC